GUGCGCUUCUACUUGACUGCCAUAAUGUUAUGGAAUGACGAUACGGCGUACUCUAUGACCCUAGUCAAACACUUAACCGUACCCAUAGGUGCAUGGCCCUUGCAAGAAUACAAUAAGUUCGCUUUGUUGCGUCAUAUCUUGUCUAGUUUUGGCUUGACCGUGGCGGUGAUCGUACAGUAUUUGGAACUCUAUUUCAACUGCACCAGCGCGACUGCGAAUCUUGAUGCCCUAACACUUUUUGCAUGCGGUAUUGUCGCUUUAACAAAAAUAAUAUCGUUUCGCAUAUAUGCCGAUAAUCUGAUUUGUAAUUACUCUUCUGCUAUGAACGAUUAUCUUGCGAUCGAUACCGAGGAGAAGCGCAUCAUUAUGCGGAAGCAUGCUUUCUGGGGAAGAAUAAUCUGUAUUUUCGCCAUAUUUAUCGCUUAUGUCGAUUCGGGGAUUUUCAUUGUGGGACACGCACAACUAAGCAGUGAAGAAGCCAAAACUAAUAUAUCUAUCCUGGGCCACCAAGCGGGAUAUGCUAUUCCAUCGACAUGUACCUUAGCGCACUUCCACAUUUCGACGAGCUCAUAUUUAGUGAUUUUUGUGCUGGAGUAUGUCUGUUUAAUAAUCAUGUGCCUCAGCAAUCAUGGUAGUGACUCUGUAUUCCUUCAUAUCGUACUGCACGUGUGCGGUCAAUUAAAAAUUCUAAAGGCGAGUUUCGUCAACUUUGACGUUGAAAGUCCGAAAGUGCACGAACGCUUUAACGCAUUAAUUAGGAGACACGAUCAUUUAAUACGAAUGACCAGAAAACUUGCUGAAAUAAUUAGUUUUGUUUUGGUGGUACAAUUCUUUGUCAGCAGUAUGCUGAUAAUUAUAGUAGGAUUCCAAUUUAUCAUUGCCUUAACGUCCAACGACUUUGGUAUGGUGUCAAAAAGUUUCAUGGUGCUUAGUGCCUUUCUAGUGCAGUUAACGCUGUAUAGUGUUGUUGGGGAUUAUUUAAAAGUGCAGAUGGAAGAAGUUGCGCAGUCCGUUUAUCAGAGCGGUUGGUACGAUCUUCCUGUGAAAGUGACAAAAAAUAUAGUAUUUAUUAUGAUGUGGAAUCAGCUUCCGAUCAAGCUGCAAGCUGGAAAUUUUAUUGUGGUAGAUUUGGGAACUUACAUGAGCAUUUUAAAAACUUCGAUUUCAUAUUUAUCUGUUUUACGCGUGAUGACGCUCAUAUUAUUGAGAUUACCGCGCAACGUGGAACUCUACUCAACUAUAACAAUGCCACGGAAUGAUGAUGUGGCAUACGCUAUGGAUCCCUUGAAAUUUUUAACUGUGCCAUUAGGCAUUUGGCCGUUGCAAAAAUAUGGUAUAUUUCCCUUAAUUCGUUCUAUCGUAAGCGUCUUCAGUUUGGUCGUAUGGCUGAUCACGUUAUUCCUGGAAGUGAAUUACAGUAAUAGUGAUGCGUACGUAAAACUCGAUCAACUUAUGCUUUUGUCUUGUGCCAUUCUUUCUACACUAAAGAUAGUGUUCUUUCGCUUAUAUGCCGACAACCUGAUUUGCAAUUUCUUUUCUGCUGUGAGUGAUUAUCUCGCAAUCGACACCGAGGAGAAACGCACGAUCAUGCGGCGACACGCAUUUAUAGGAAGGAUGAUUUCCUAUAGUACCAUAUCUUUGGCUUAUGUGGCUGCGACAAUGUUCAUACUUUUGCCUAUGUUAAGCGAUGAGAAUGCUCAAGUUAAUGUAUCCAAGAAGCAAGCAGCGGAUUUACCCUUACCUAUGACAUGGAUCUUAGGAGAAUAUCACUUCUCUACGAGUUUAUAUUACACGAUUUUUAUAGUGCAAUACUAUUUAUUGUUACUCAAUGCUAACGCCAAUGUUGGCAAUGAUUCACUUUUCCUCGCAAUCGUUCUCCACAUUUGCGGACAAAUGGAAUUUUUGAAAACCGAAUUUACUAAUUAUGGUGUGAAAAGUAAAAAUCUAAAUGAAGAUUUUCUAGUAUUGAUAUCAAGGCAUCGCUAUCUUAUGGAGCAUGCGGAACGUCUGGUAGAUGUAAUAAGUUUCGUUUUGCUCGUGCAAGUGCUGAUCAGUUGUAUUAUUAUUUGCGUCAUCGGUCUAAGUUUUAUUGUGGCAUUGAAAACACAUGACAUGAUGAUGAUUACAAAAUGCGGAUCAGUGUUGAGCGCUCUGCUUUUACAAUUGUUCUUCUACAGUUUUGUAAGCGAUUAUUUAAAGUGUCAAAUGGAAGAUGUCGCUCAUUCGAUCUACAGCUGCGAUUGGUACAGCUUCCCAUUGAAAUUGAUGAAAAAUGUCUUAUUUGUCAUCAUGCGAUCGCAGCAACCUAUUCAACUGCUAGCUGGCAAAUUCUUUGUCGUAAACAUUGAAACUUACAUGACCAUAUUAAAAACCUCCAUGUCGUACUUGUCAGUUCUGCGAGUGAUGAUAGAUACAUAGAAUGCAGGUUUAAUAAUUGAUAGGAUAAUUUGAACACCGUACACCAUACAUGCAUACGUAACAGUGUCAUUUCGCAAAAAAAAUUAUUGUAAGGCACUAUCAUUCUUGAACGGAUUAAUUAAAUUAUAAGUAAAUAAAAUUGUUUUUUUUUAUUAUAUUAAUAAGCGUAUUAUAUAUCAUUCUACACAAGGAUGACCCACUCGCGGCCCACUAGUAGUUUGCAAUGAUACGACAUUCUCACUGACAUAAAGAAGUAUGCGAUGUUUAAAGUUUGAAAAACUAAAAAUAAAAAUAGUAAAAUACAUACUCCAUUAAAAUAUAUAUUUUCCACUUUUGUCUUCUAGCUAUAUUUGUUUUACAAAUACUUUGCACUAUUAUAUGCAAAAACAUUUAAAACAUAAUACGUAUCAGUUCUUCAACAAUAAAGUUUAACAUUGAUAAACUUGUAAAUGACAAAUUCUAAGGCUUCAUUAAUAAAACUUGUGUUUUAAAAAAA